CUAAUUUCUCUCUCUCUCUCUCUCUCUCUCUCUCAUCUUCUGCUAAGCUGUUGCAGGCUUUUUUUCUGAGCACCAUUGAUAGCUCUUCUUCUAUCUUUCACCAUGGAUGGUUUACUGUAUGCAGCCCUUAUCUUGGCCUUGGCUGGUCAUUCAAGUGCAACAUGGUGUGUGUGCAAGGAUGGAGUGGGUGAUGCAACACUACAGAAGACAUUGGACUAUGCAUGUGGAGCUGGGGCUGAUUGUAACCCAAUCCACCAGAAUGCUGCUUGCUACAACCCUAACACUCUUAAGGCUCAUUGCAACUAUGCUGUUAACAGCUUCUUCCAAAAGAAGGGUCAAUCUCAAGGAUCUUGUGAUUUUACUGGCACUGCCUCUGUUACUACUUCAGACCCCAGCUCUACUGGUUGCGUUUAUCCUGCUAGCGCUAGUUCCACUAGCACUAGUACAUCUCCGGUGAGCACCACACCGUCAUCCACCACAGCCGAUGUUGGCAUGAUACCAACCACGACGCCACACAGUGGGUUCUCUCUGUAUACUCCACACAGUGGCUUCACCUGA